AUGUGCGGCCGAUGUGUGAGCUCCAGCGGCAGCGUGGCUUCUGCUUCCGUCCUCGUGUCGUGGGAUCCUUCGUUGUCCAUAUGGGAAUAUUCAUCUGCUACGCUAUUUGUUUCAUUUUGGGACAGUCUUAAAAUAAUUUCUGCUGUGUGGAGAAGUGGGAAACGCAGAGUGCACCUGAGCUGCCUGCCUGCAGCAGCCGCUCUCCUUCAGAUCGCUGAGAUCACAGAGAGCUCGAUCCUUCAGAUCGCUGAGAUCACAGCUCCCUCAUCCGAGCUCGAGCAAAAACGGCAUCUGCAACAGCUCGGAUAUGCCCAGCCUUCAAAAAUUUUCUGUGACCCUGAGAAAGAUGGAUACGAGAAUCAUGAAUAUAGAGACAGUGACAUAACUGGACGUGCACGUUGUCAGGAUGCAAAGGAGCUGACUCCUGAAACCCCUAUUCCUGUCCCAAGAAGCGGAAGCAAGGAAGAUGCUCAGGUGGAGGAGGAAUGCAGAACCAAAUCUCUGAGUGGCCAUGCUUUAGUAAAGUAUCCAGACCAAGAGCCUGCAUCUUCUCCAGAGCGAGUGGCAUACUGCCACGGGGCGGUAGCUCAGCCUCACCAAGGGGACAAAAAUACAGCCAAAGGUUUAACUGCAAAGGAAACAUCCGUGCACAAUAGCCAAAGUGACUUUCUCCCUGAGGGAGAGACAAACCUACCCCAAAGAAGACUGCAGUCUCCUGAAGACCAGCGAUACGAAGAACUGGCUAUGGAGAUCAUUGCCAAAGACAAUUCUCUGGUUGAUGUUCUCAUUCCUCAUCCUCUUAGAAAAACUGCUUUAGACUUGAUAGAGGGUCUGUUCCCUGUUGACGUUUCCAUGCUGGAUAAAUGGCACAGGAAAAAGGGAGACAUACAGCAUGUGCAGGAGAACGACAGGAAAAGUAGUAGAGAUGCAACAGAAGAACAUCCUGAAUCUGAACAGGGUGCCAAGCAAAGGAGCGAAGAUCCUGCCUCUAAGGGAAACAAAGUCCUGAACAGGUGCAGAGGCAGCAUGGACAACCUGGAUGACAUCACAUCUAAGAAACUGGAACUCAUCUCCAGCCUGCGGUCAAAGCUGCAGACCCUGUGGGAGGAAAGGGAGCUUGUCCUCUCCGAAGCCAGGGAGUGCACAGAGCGAGGCGAGGAGCUGCAGGCGACGGUGCGGGACGUCUGCAAGCCCAAUGAGUUCGAGCGCUACAUGAUGUUCAUCGGUGACCUGGAGAAGGUUGUGAGCCUCCUGCUCUGCUUGUCCAGCCGCCUUGCCCGAGUCCAAAACGCCAUGAGGCGGAUUGAUGGCAAUACAGACGCUGAGGAGAAGCAAUCGCUGAAUGAACGGCACAAGCUCUUGUCUAGACAGCGAGAAGAUGCAAAAGACCUGAAAGAGAAUCUAGAUCGUAGGGAAAGAGUGGUCUCUGGUAUCCUUGCCAAAUACCUGACCGAGCAGCAGCUCCAGGACUACCGCCGCUUUGUUCAAGUCAAGACCUCCUUGCUGAUUGAACAGAAGGACCUCGAAGAGCAGAUUAAAUUUUUCAAAGAACAAUUAGAAAAUCUUGAGAAAAGCAUUCCUCUCUGACACCCACCGACAGACCAUCCGUUUUCACACAUCGUAAUUAGUGACAUUUCCCUGGAAAUCCACAGGCACUCGCUGCACUGGGCUGGGUUUGCUGAAUUCUUGCAAUCUUGUUAGUGCCACAGUAUUGCCAAGCGCCUAGAUGCUCUGGUGAUGCUCUAGGCACAUGCUGGACGUGCCUUCCCCUUUGGACAGGCCAGCUGACAGCAUCUUACAAUAUGUAGCAGACUGCAUUUUGGAAAUGACAGAUAGGAAGUGUUGCUCCUAUUACCUUGGCGUGUAUUUUCCGUUCUGUUGUCUGUCCAUCUGUUUCCAGAUUGACAUAAUCUCAAUAAAAGAAUGAUACAACUA